AACUUUACAACUAUGAAUUGAGUAACUGUACCUCUUGAAGUUGUAUGAUAACUGUGUUGUUCACGCCCAUGUAAACUCAUAUAAAUCAAACAAUCACAACUAUGAACAUUAUCUGACGAAACUGUUUUAAUUUUAUUUUUUGUUUUCCUAUUGAGUUUGUCAGUUCUGUUAUUCCAUAAAAUGUCCGUUAGUGCGAGUGCUGAGAACCUUUCAACUGAGGCACAGAGUUGCGAUGGUGGUUCAAUGUGCCUCGAACUGGCUUUGGAAGGUGAAAGGCUAUGUAAGGCAGGAGACUGUCGUGCUGGGGUCGCAUUCUUCCAAGCCGCUAUACAGGCGGGUACAGACGACCUGCGUACCCUCAGCGCCAUAUACAGCCAGUUGGGCAAUGCAUACUUCUACUUAGGAGAUUACAAUAAAGCUAUGCAAUAUCAUAAACAUGAUCUGACAUUAGCUAGAACAAUGAACGAUAAAUUAGGCGAAGCGAAGGCAUCAGGCAACUUGGGUAACACAUUGAAAGUAAUGGGAAAAUUCAGUGAGGCUAUCCAAUGUUGCAAACGUCAUUUAGAAAUCUCCCGUUCACUGGGCGACAGGUUGAGUGAAGGUCGGGCGCUUUACAACCUGGGGAACGUGUACCACGCCCAGGGGAAGCAACUGGGGAGGGUCGGCCAGAACGAUCCAGGACAUUUCCCACAGGAAGUUAGGGACUGUCUGAUGCAGGCGGUCGCUUACUAUGAAGAGAAUCUCGAACUAAUGCGAAGUCUGGGCGAUCGCCAAGCUAUGGGUCGAGCGUGCGGCAACCUGGGGAACACUUGCUAUCUGCUGGGUGACUUCACCCGGGCCAUUAAAUAUCACACAGAGAGACUGCGGAUAGCCCAAGAGGUUGGUGAUCGUGCUGCCGAACGAAGAGCUAACAGCAAUCUGGGCAAUUCACAUAUAUUCCUCGGUCAAUUUGAGAAUGCAGCUGAACAUUAUAAGCGGACGUUGGCUUUAGCGGAAGACCUGGGAGAUGCAGCUGUCGAGGCACAGGCGUGCUACUCGCUAGGGAACACGUACACCCUGCUGAGGGAGUACAGGAUCGCUGAGGAGUACCACGCGAGGCAUCUCUCCGCGGCCAGGAGAUUGCAGGACAGAGUAGGUGAAGGCAGAGCUUGCUGGUCGCUGGGAAACGCGCACGCCGCGCUCGGCAAUCACGAGAAAGCGCUAUAUUACGCUAAGGAGCAUUACAAUAUAUCCAAAGAGCUAGGGGACGUCCUGGGCAUGGCCACAGCACAGAUGAACAUAGGUGAUCUGUGCAAAGUCCUGGGUCUGCCUGCGGAACAAACCCCAGCCCCACCUGAUGAUGCACCAGCCCCUAGAACGCCCUUCAACGCGCUCAGGGUGCGAAGACAGAGCAUGGAACAGUUGUCUUUAAUACAGAUAACUCCUGACUCUAAGAAGAAGGACGGCGAGAACAUCAGCCGGGGCGAGUCGGACGAAGGUGAUCCGUCGGAGUUCAUAGAGCUGGUGGCUCGGUGUCAGUCUGAUAGAAUGGACGAGCAGCGAGCAAGCCUUGACAAGAACAAGGAGAACAGACCCAAGCUACAGAGAUCCGCGAGCAACGGAAAGAACCAGGCUUCGGACAGCGUCGUGGAUAUGAUGGAGAUGAUAUCGGUGCUGCAGUCCGAGCGCAUGGAUUCCCAGCGCGCGGAGCUCCGCCCUCUCAAGAAGACCAAGGAAGCGAAGGCCACCUCCCUGCCAGGCCUUCGCCCCAUGCUCACUAGCAGCACCAGGCCCGAGGAGGACUUCCUUGACAUGAUCGCACGUGUCCAGGGCACUCGUCUGGACGACCAGCGCUCGGAACUGCCCCGUCCUAAGCCGAAGGAGGUCGCCCCGGACGACGCGUUCUUCAAUCAGCUGAUGCGCGUUCAGUCCGGUCGCAUGGAGGACCAGCGGGCCAACAUCCCGCUGAAGUCGGCCAACUCCAAGAAGUAAAUCGAAGGUCUAUCGGUAGCUGGACGGCGGACUCACUCUGUAAUCUACAACCAUUUUAAUUUAUUAUUAUUUUAAUCAUCAAUUCCUGAACGUUUAUGUAUUAUCAAAAGAUCAAUUUAAACUUUAAUUUUAUAUUCGGAAGCUUUUACUAUUAUCUCUUUUUUUAAUACUUAUACAAUCCAACGCCGCCACAUACCGAAGGUCCGACGAAUAUAGAUGUUUGUAAUCAAUGUAGCUAUUCCAUAAUAUGUCACUUUUCAUUUUUUUUUUUUUUUUAACCGGAAUUAUUUCAUUAAAUAUUAAUUCUCACACAACAGGAAUAUUCAUCGACUCUGUUUUAUUUAAAGUUGAUUUAUAUUAUUUUUAAUACAUCGUGCUAUUUUCUUUUUUUAUAUGAUAACUACAAGUCAAAUUAAGAUUGCGGGCAGAUUUCAUGUGGAGCGGCACUAAGAUGACUUUGUUACAAAAUAUAUAAAAAUCAAGCCAUCCUUUGGUAGAACAACGACUUAUUGCAUAGAAAAGUCUGUAUAUAUAUACAUAUAACACAAAAAUAUAAUAUUACAAUCCCUGUUGGCGUCCAUAUUAUAUAAAGUUAAGAAUUCACAAAAUAUUUAAGGGUCUAUAUACACUGUGGUAACCUGCAAUCACAUUGACUGACGUUAAAUUUACUUUAUAAAAUGAAUUUCACUUAUAUGAUUUGUUAUAAUUAAUUUAAGUACAUUAUGAACUAAGUAUAUUAAGUGCUGACAUAUUGUUUAUUGACGCUGAAAUAAAUGUUUACUGCUUUCGUCA